ACCUUAAUUAAUAGUUCCAAUCCAUAUGGUAACGAUUAAAAUUCAUGUACACUAGUUUGAAUGACUGUUUUAAAACUAUGUAGAACCAAAACUUUCCAUAUAUAAUUAUCGAAAAAAAGAAAAAAAAAAAACUUUCCAUUUAUGACUUGCAAUAUGUGGAAUAUAUCACCAACAAUAUUCUGGAAAAUGGUUACAAUUUGCAAUUUUGUAUAUAAAAUCAUCAUAAUUUCAUUAUCCACUUGCGCACAACUCUCUAUAUCUCUCUGUCUCAACAUCUUCUAUAAAGUAGCAUAGUGAAGCUAGAAGGUGAAAAACUGAUCAUAACCAAAACUAAAAGUCCCAAAUGCGACUAACAGUAGCUAAAUUCACUGAGGUCUCGUCCUCAGGAGAAGCAACACCACCAAAGCCAGCACCAUGCAACACCCACCCCUGUCCCAAUUCAUGGUGGCCUUACUCCAACUCCAAGGAUUUCGAAGCCAACGCCUUCAUGAUCCUUGUCAUUCUCUUUUGUGCUCUCAUAUGCUCCCUCGCUCUCAAAGCCACCAUAUGCUGUUUUCUACGCUCUCGCCGCCCUCAUCCUCCACCUGACGCAACACGAGCAGCAGCUGCCCAGCCAAAGCCAACUCUCAGCACCAGUACCGUGUCCGCGGUGGAAGGGCUUCGUAUGGUUGUGUUUUCAUCAGGAAUGAAGCUGGCAGGGGCAGGGGCAGGGGCAGAGGCAGAGUGCACUAUUUGCUUGUCAGAGUUCGUCGAGGGAGAGGGGAUUCGGGUUUUAGACAGCUGCAACCAUGGCUUCCACAGCCAGUGCAUCCGGGAAUGGCUGUCUUCCCAUUCUUCCUGUCCCACUUGUCGUGCCACUUGUCACACCGCGUCCUCGUCCUCCUCUGCUGAGACUCAGAGGGAUCCUGCAUUGCUGUUGAGUACUCUUUGAUUUGUAUACUCUUUAUGGUAUGAAGUUUUCACUUGUUCUUUUCCUCUGCAUUGGUGGUGUUCGUUAUAAUUAACUACUAAAAAAGAUGGGACAUUACUGUGAAGUACUUAAUUUUCAGUUAU